AUGGCCCCUAGCACCGCCCUUUCGCAGGGCUCGGCUCCCAUCCAGCGCAAACAGGUGGCCGAGGAUAAGACACAACCCAAUCAUGACACUUCGCAGCAGCAGGAAGAUGAAUUUUCCAUGGCGCAGCUUUGGAACGGCACCGGCUUCAUCGCCCAGACAGCCGUCGUCACCUUUUCCCUCUCCCUGUCCGGCCGCCUCCUGGCGCGGCCGCUGGUCCUCUUCUCGUGGCACCCCCUCUCGCAAAUCUCCGGCCUCUUCCUCCUCGUCCAGUCCAUCCUCGCGCUGCAGCCAACGCACACGGCCGGCCAGAAGCGCGUCGGCCAGGCCGUGCACGCGUACCUCAACCUGGCCUCCUUUGCGGCCUUUACCGCCGGCUUCGCCGCCAUCUACCUCAACAAGGAGCGCAACGGCGCCGAGCACUUUGCCAGCCUCCACGGCGCGCUGGGCUGCGCGCUGACGCUGCUCCUCUGGGGCCAGUACCUCGUCGGCUUCACCAUGUGGGCCACGCCGGCGCUGUACGGCGGCGCGGCCCGCGCCAGGGCGCUCUGGAAGUGGCACCGCGUCGGCGGCUACGUCAACCUGCUGCUGCUGCUGGCGACGUUUUGCACCGCUGCGGACACGGGGUUCGUGCGCAACGCGCUCAAGGUUGAGUCGUGGGUCUUUUACGCGCCCAUGGCUCUCAUCGCCGUGGGGGUCCUGCCGCGCAUUCACACCUACAAACUGGGCUUCUCGAAGAAGGCGUAG